UGUCCUUUUUUAAUGCAUGACCGAAUAGAAAGCUUGAGAGAGAGGACGGAGUGAACCGUGGCUGGUGAGGGAACAUGGGCAGUUCGCCGGAUUCCAUCCCGCCGGGGUGGGAGGAGGCCAUAACUAGCUCGCCGGAAACACUCCCCCCGGGAUUUGAAAACCCUAGCACCCUUUCCACCCCUACUUCACCACCGCAGGAGAACCCAUCCAGUUCCCUACCUUCUCCUGCUUCGCCGCCGCUUCACGAAAACCAUGUCAAUCUAACCCAACGUCUUCCUUCUCCAUCUCCAUCUACAACGCCUCCACAGGAGAGCCAAAGCCACCAACUCCCUCCUUUUCUAAAGUCGCCGCAGGAAAACCGUGGCCCUUUGCCUCACCCUCUAUGGCCUCUGCCGCAGGAAACACCAGUUCCCUUAUCUCCUUCUCUUCCGCCACUGCCACAAGAAAAGCUAGAUGCAAUGCCUCGUCCUCCAUUGCAGUCGCAAGAUAGCCAAGGUCUCUUACCUUCUUCGAAGUUGCCGCUGGGAAACAUGGAUUCCUUGAAUCUUCCUCCUCCACAGUCUCUUCCAGAAAUGGGUCAAAUGGUCUGUGGGAGUUGCAACGAGUUGCUUUCUUAUCCUCGAGGUUCAAAGUUUGUACAAUGUGCAUGCUGUCAGACAGCAAAUUUUGUUUUGGAAGCCCUCCUGGAGUCCACACAGCAGGCCGAUGACUCCCAAUCCCUCCUAGGAGCUGUUCAGGCUUGUGAAAGGAUGUCGAUUGCUAUCCCACUGCAGAAACAGCCAUCGUCGACACCAAAGCUUCGUGCCUUCUGUUUCAUGUAG